UUAUUUGGGAUAAUGCAUCAAAUCUAACUCCAUACAUGUACGGCCCCUUUAAGACUUGUUGCCCUUUGAAAUGACGCAGUGAAGUGAAAGUGUGUGAAGAAGAGAUGCGAGCCGAUCUACGUUACAAUUGACUUCUGUAGAUCCCAAGACACAACAUGCAGCUCAACCAGAAGAUGAUGAAGAGUCUCGCUGCCAUUGCUGUCAUUAUGUCAGUGAUGAUCAUGGAGACGAAUGGAGAAGAAAGCCCUUUUGGUUGCUGCACAUCUGUCUCCACCAAGAAAAUCACGGUACCUAUAACAGGAUUCAGAUAUCAAAAACAAAAUCUUCCUUGUGUCACAGCAGUCAUUUUCAACACAACUAAGGGUGAGAUGUGCGUUCACGGGGGCAUAAAAUGGGUGAGGGAAAAGGUCAAGGAGCUCAUGAAACUUCAACGACAGCAGAAGAUGAACAGCACUGUCAUCCUGUCCCCUUAAAAAGAUGCUUAGACGGAUGUUUAACCUGUUUAAAAUGCUUUAUAUGCUUCAUGUUAUUUAGCCUAUUAUAACUGCAUCAGGAUUGAGUCUAGAGUGACCUAUUAGUUGUAGGAAUCCUUCAGGAUUAGGACUGAGUUUGAACAUUAAGGCACAAAAAACAAACAUCCGUCACCAAACUAAACUCGUGGAAAACUUUUCAAGGAGCCAAAUCAUCUUUUUAACAAUGCUGUGAUUUUAAAAACUUUGUACAAAUUGCAUGACUUUAUACGAGGAUUAGACACCCAUCCUGACCAGCAUCAUGUGACACGGCUGUCAGGUUUAUAUUACAUUGUGAGGACCAGCCUCUGUGUGUGUCUGUGUGUGUGUGUGUGUGUGUGUGUGUGUGUGUGUGUGUGUAUGUGCGUGUGUUAAGAAUAUUAAAGAUCCACAUCCUAGUUUACAGCAGCAUCCAUGUUGUAUGUUAUGUCAUUUUUAUAAAUCUGCAUUGAUCAUGUGAACUUCCUUGUUUCAUGAAAAUCAAAAACAAAAGGACGUCAUAGACAAACAUGUACUGCAAAUAUGGAAAUGACUGUAAACGUCUCAGUUCAUCUCUUUCCUCUAAAUGUUCUGUUGUUCAUACUGUAAUGAAAACGACUGUAUUUACUUAGAAAAUUAGUUUAUAAAGAAGUGUGUCUUGAAAUUUACUUCAUAAAAAUACAGUAAAGAAUGCAAAUAAAACAGGAUUUAAAAAUGUUUCCCUUUGGAAAACACAA